AUGGGGGAUAUUUAAAUAAAUUAAAAUCGAGAUUUUCUCUAUUGCUUGUAUAAAAAAUACACUACCCAUUAUUAUAAGUAUGCCAACAGUAGUACUAUCACCUCUAUUAGUUUUUCACUUUUAUAUCACUUUCCUUUCAUAUUAAAGUAAGCCAAAUUUUUUGUUAUAUUUUAUACAAAGAAAUGCAGCUAAUUUUUUAAUGUUUAAACUGAAAUCAUUAUCACUGAGAAGAAGAAAGACAAUUUAUAAUUAAAUAUAGCUACUAAAUGCGCUUUUUUUUUGUAAGUUGAUGAGCGAAGUGUCCUAACAUUCAUGGUCAAUUUAAAUAUCAAUUACCAAAAGUAAAAACAAUUAAGAAAUUAAGUUAGUAAGUUUUUAAUGAUAAUAAUAAAAAAUUAGGCAAAUGAAAGAGGUGGGAAUUAAAAAGAUAUUUAAAGGUUGAUGGAUGGACAGAUAGAAAAAGAAUUAAAUGGUAAAGAAAAAAAUCAAUCAGCUAACAAAAAAAGACUAUAUGGUAAAAAGAGGUGA